AUGUCUUACUACAGUGGAUCAGCAUACCAUCAGCCUGGUGUGAUUCCAGUUGGAGGAGUUCCAAUGGGAGGGGUAGUCCCCGUCGCACCACCUGGUUCGGCCUAUGGCACGCCCUACGCGGGAACUAUGCCAAUGGGGAGCUCUCUUAUGCUCGACACUUAUGGGAGCCAAUAUGGAAGUCCACGAUUCGAUGGCUACGCACCGAGUCUUGCCCGAUCCCACUCGCUACGCUCUGGCUCAGUCUUCGAAGACGACUAUUAUGGUCGGGAUCGAUAUUAUGACAGGGACUACGAAUAUGAUCGUGGAAGACGCUAUCACGACGAUGACUAUAUCUACGCGCGAAGCAGCUCACGCAGCUCACGAAGAGACUAUGAUUACCCCGAGUACGAAUACGACCGGGACUAUUACGACGAUCGCUACGGCUCACGAUACUAUGACGAUCGAUAUCGCUCGUCUCGUCGCUAUCCUUCAUCCUCGAGGUAUUACUCCUCCAGCUCGCGUUCAUCUGGACGCCGAAGAGAAGACAUGUCCAUCAUCACCAAACGCAAUGGCGAGGUCAAGGUCUUGCGUAACGGUGAAGAGCGCAUCGGAGACAGACUGCGACGGAUGGUUGGCAUGGACCCAAAGGGCGUCAACAUUGUCCGUCUCAAACCGGGCGAAUCGCUCGCCGCGAAUAUCAGGCGAUGA